UUCUUUAUUUUUGUUCCCCUCAAAUUUUCUGUUUUUUGAUAUUUGUAUUAUCUGCCUUGUAGUUCAACUCCCAAGUUGAAAAAAAGUUAAAUCUUUUUUUUUUCUUUUCUUCAAUUUGAGGGGAAAAUCUUUAGAUUGAAAUCUGGUCAGAUCUUGUUUUUGUGUGUGUGGAUUUUGUUAGGACUUUAUUAAUUCAGACACACACAUACACAUCUCAUUUAUUCAUUCUUAUCUUCCUCAACAAUUUGUCAGAAAAAAAAAAUAAAAUAAAAACUUACUAGCUAACAAAAGGAGCAAACCUUUUUGUUCUUCUGAACAAAAAUUAUUUAGAUAAAUAAAAAAAUAAAUUGGUGCAACAAAAUGGGAAUGGCAGCUGCAGAGGCUCAGUUUCAUGUGUUGGCUGUGGAUGAUAGCUUGAUUGAUAGGAAAUUGAUUGAGAGGCUUCUUAAGACCUCUUCUUAUCAAGUUACCACAGUUGAUUCUGGUAACAAAGCUUUAGAGUUUCUUGGUUGGUCUAAAGAUGAGAGUGGCAACUCAAAUGCUUUUGAUUCCCCCAAAAAUCAUCAGGUGGUGGAAGUAAAUCUUGUUAUUACAGACUAUUGCAUGCCUGGAAUGACAGGAUAUGAUUUGCUCAAGAAAAUGAAGGAAUCCACAUUUCUGAGAGACAUACCAGUUGUCAUCAUGUCAUCUGAAAAUGUUCCCUCAAGAAUAAACAGAUGCUUAGAAGAAGGGGCAGAGGAGUUUUUUCUGAAGCCAGUGAGGUUAUCAGAUGUGAAUAAGCUAAGGCCCCACAUGAUGAAAGCCAAAUGCUGCAAGGAUAUUCAAAAGCCUGAAAAAGAGGAAGAAAAGCAAGAGAAUAAAGUAUCAUCUGAGACCAAAUUAGGGUCUCUAACACAAAUGCCACUGUCCAAUAAUAAUAAUAAUAAUAAUAAUAGCAACAAGAGGAAAUCAAUGGAUGAUGAUGGGCCUUCACCAGACAAGGCCAGGCCCAGAUACAACAAUGGCUGCACUGUCAUGUCCAAUUAACCACUCCCAAAAAUAAAGUUUUAAUCUUUUUAGUAUUUUUGGUUCAUAAUUUGAAGCUUUUUUAGGAUCCUUUUAUAUG